GAGUGGGCUUGUGAGUUGAACUUGGUGUUGAGAUAACAAGAUGAAGGCCUCGCAGGUUGUUUGCUUGACUCUGCUGUAUUCCCUGACCGUCUCAGCUCAGGUGUUGAAACCUGGCAAGUGUCCCGACAAUGUCGCCGUGCAAGCUGACUUUGACGUCACCAAGUACGUUGGCAAGUGGUAUGACAUCGAGAGGCUCCCGGCGUCCUUCCAGAAUGGCGAGUGUGCUACUGCCCUCUACACCUUAACAAGUCCUGGAGUCAUUGGCGUUCUCAACAGUGAGCUGCUUGACAAUGGUUCCAUUCAUACGGUUAAUGGCACAGUUUGGGUGACGGAUCCUGAAGAACCUGCCAAGAUGGAGGUCUUUUUCUCUGAAAUGGCAUUUCCUGGCAAAUACUGGGUGCUGUCCACAGACUACGUCGGUCACGCUGUGAUCUACAGCUGUCAAGACCUGGGCCAGGUCCACGAACUGCUGGCCUGGAUCUUGAGCAGGGAGCCCACUCUGAGCAAAAGCAAGCUGGAGCAAUUGAACGGCCUUCUGACCGCCGCUCAUGUCAAUGUGGACGAAAUGAUCGUCACCAACCAAGACCCCAUUUAUUGCAGCGCUAAGCACUAGGGUGUUCCUACAUCAAUAAAGGAUUGAAUACAA